UUCUGCGAGGAGAUAGGAAAAAGUAAUAUUAGUAGUAUUAGUAGUAGGAGUAGCAGGAAAAGAGGAAAAAGCGAUGGCCGGACCAGGAGGCGGAGGAGGGGCGGCACCGCCGCCGAAGCAGGAUGAGUUGCAGCCCCAUCCAGUGAGGGAACAGCUCCCCAACGUCUCCUACUGCAUCACUAGCCCCCCUCCUUUGCCUGAGGCCAUUCUACUGGGAUUCCAACAUUUUAUUGUUAUGUUGGGAACCACUGUUAUCAUUCCAACUGCACUUGUUCCCCAGAUGGGGGGAGGCAAUGAGGAAAAGGCCAAGGUUAUCCAGACACUGUUAUUUGUAUCUGGCAUAAACACCUUCUUCCAAACCUUCUUCGGAACUCGAUUACCGGCCGUAAUCGGAGGGUCGUAUACGUUCAUCGCGCCCACCAUCUCUAUCAUCUUAGCCGGCCGAUAUAGCGACAUAGCAGACCCCCACGAGAAAUUCUUGCAUAUAAUGCGAGGAACGCAAGGCGCACUGAUUGUCGCUUCGACACUUCAGAUUAUUUUCGGUUUCAGCGGUCUUUGGAGAAAUGUGAAUAGAUAUUUAAGUCCAUUAGCGGCAGUUCCGCUGAUCGCGUUAGCUGGGUUUGGGCUAUAUGAGCUUGGUUUUUCUGGAGUUGCUAAGUGUGUUGAAAUUGGGCUUCCACAGAUUAUUCUACUACUAAUAUUUUCACAGUACAUACCUCAUGCUAUACAAUCGGAGAAGUCGGUUUAUGGUCGUUUUUCCGUCCUAUUCUCGGUUGCAAUUGUGUGGCUGUAUGCAUACUUCCUCACUAUCGGCGGGGCAUAUAGACACGCACCGCCAAAGACGCAAGCACACUGCCGUACCGACCGCUCUGGGCUCAUUGGCGGUGCUCCAUGGAUAAGAAUUCCUUAUCCCUUUCAGUGGGGAGCGCCGACAUUUGAUGCCGGCGAAGCUUUUGCAAUGAUGGCUGCUUCAUUUGUUGCUCUCGUAGAAUCCACUGGGACAUUCAUCGGGAUUUCGAGGUAUGCAAGUGCUACGAUGGUGCCUCACUCAGUUCUCAGCCGCGGCAUUGGUUGGCAGGGUAUCGGUAUCUUGUUGGAUGGCUUGUUUGGGACUGCAAAUGGUUCCUCAGUCUCAGUCGAAAAUGCCGGGUUGCUAGGAUUGACCCGCGUCGGCAGUCGAAGAGUGGUGCAAAUAUCUGCAGGGUUCAUGAUUUUCUUUUCCCUUCUUGGAAAGUUUGGAGCAGCGUUUGCAUCUAUUCCUGCACCGAUAUUUGCAGCCUUAUAUUGUCUUCUCUUCGCCUACGUCGGUGCCGUGGGUCUCAGUUUCCUUCAGUUCUGCAAUCUUGAUAGCUUCAGAACUAAGUUCAUUGUAGGGUUUUCUGUUUUCAUGGGCUUAUCAGUUCCGCAAUACUUCAACGAAUACACCGUUAUCGCCGGUUAUGGCCCUGUUCACACUCAUGCAAGAUGGUUUAAUGAUAUUAUAAAUGUAGCAUUCUCGUCAAAGCCGUUUGUUGCGGGUUUCGUGGCGUUUUUCUUGGACAACACCCUCCUCAGGCAAGACAAUGCUACGAGAAAAGACCGAGGUAAUCACUGGUGGGAAAGGUUCCGGUCCUUCAAAACGGACCCUAGGACUGAGGAAUUCUAUGUGCUGCCGUUUAACCUCAACAAGUUUUGCCCUCCAGAUUGAUCUAGAUAAGAAGGCAAUGCACAAAAUUGGGACGAACUUAUCUAUCUAGACUCUUAUGGCAUUGUCCUAGUGUUGAUUUUGUUUUAUUUGGUUGAUCAAAAGAAAAUUCUGUGAGAUCGAUGAAUGAAUGCCGAUUCCCAAUGGACUGGUGUAGUACAUGUUUAUUAGAUAUAUGUUGAAUUUGUAUA